AUGGACGCAGCGCCCGCACCCGCUCUCCUGGGCGUCCCGCCGGCUGAGGUGCUGGAGGACCUGCUGCGGGAGCAGUUCGGGCCGCUGCCUCAGCUGGCCGCUGUCUGCCGGCUCAAGCGGCUUCCCUCGGGAGGCUACUCCUCGACCGAGGACCUCCAGUUGGUGCUGGAGCGGCGCCGCGUGGCAAACGCCAAGGAGCGCGAGAGGAUAAAAAAUCUCAACCGUGGUUUUGCCAAACUGAAGGCACUUGUGCCAUUUCUUCCCCAAAGCAGGAAGCCUAGCAAAGUUGAUAUCCUUAAAGGUGCAACCGAGUACAUACAAGUUCUCAGUGAUGUUUUGGAAGCAGCCAAAGACUCUGAGAGACAAAAUCCGGAUCGCCAGACCUAUAGGAACAAUCCUUCUGAGGCACCUAUAUCCUUGGCUGGAGACCUAUCCAGAAACAUCACCCAGCAUGCCAGCUGUACUGUGGGCUUGAAGAAUGAGGAGGAAAGGCCCUGGGCAGAUGGUGGCAGUGGAUAGAUUCAUAGAAGUGGAAGUCCUGAGUCACAGGCUCCCCCAAAUAUGAAAAAGUAAAAAGGCCAGCCCAGGGCUACCUUCUAG